AUGGAAAGAGGCAAUUUUGAAGCGCCGCCACAGCUGAGUCACUGCUUUGAUAGCCGAGAAAUGACAUUAAUUUUUGGGCAACCAAUUAAUAUUAUUGGCAGCUGCGCAUGUUCUCAGAUUGGUGGUCGACGACUUUUGUACUGUGUUGUGCUGUUAUGGUCGAUCAGUACACUGUUAAUCCCAUUCGUUGCUCCCUCUUAUCACAUGCUUAUAUUCUCGAGAGUGGUCCUCGGCCUCGGCGAAGGACUUGGGCUUCCUACGAUGUACCAUAUAUUGGCGCAGACAGUACGUUCAAGCCGGAGAAGCGCCGCUUUCUCAUAUCUCUCAGCAGCUGGUGCAGUCGGGCAAACAUUCGCUGCAGCAGUUCGUCUUCUUUUUUUUUUCAAAUUUUCAUUAAAUUUCGACAUUUUACAUGAACGUUAUAAUUACUAG